AUGGCCGAUUCUUCAGGUUAGUGGGGAAAGCGUCAGGAAUCAAAGAACGGAAGGUUCUUUAUUUUCCAAAACUUUUGAGUCCUACUGCUCUGGUGCAUUUCCUGUUCAGAGGAUCAAGAAACACAAGCAACCCCUGUUCGCUCGGCGAUGACUUCUAAGCGUCACCUAGAGAGAGGUCCAGUCGGCGGGUUCGUUCAAGUCCUGCAAGACCCCGAAGACGCCGUUGCAGAGGCCCUUUCGAGACGUGUCUUCUGGUGAUUCUGACGGUUGCGUCGUUGCUUCAAAUCGCCGCUCUUCUCGUCGGAACUUCCUUGCAUACCGUUGGAUCAGUACUUAGUCUCCUCAUUGCCGUUUUUAUGUACGAGGUAGGUGUUUCCUGGUUCACUUUCCCGAGGAUAAAUUGUCAGUGGUUCAACGUGCACUUCAUGAGCAUGACAAGGACUCGUCGAGCCUGUUUCGACGUCGCCAACGUCCUGGAGACGUACCAGCCUCGCGCUCGCACUCACGGACACCUCUUCAUCGUUCGUUCAGCUUAUUCUUGAAAUCGCUUCUUUUCAGCCGGAUCCACCGACUCCGUGUGUCACCAUCGCCGAAGGAACCGAGAACCACGAGCAGUCGAAAGAGAGAACUGCGUUCACCAACGCCCGCGAUUCGGUCUUCUCUAUUUUCAUUAUUUAUUUUAUCUCGAGGACUACUUCUUCAGCAUUAUGAGAACAUGUACCAGAAGGCGAUGCAAAUGAACAAAGAAAUGGAAGCAGCUUCAAAGGUUGAACCACACCUGUUUGAAAAAACAACACGAUUUUCACAGGCAGCCGGUAGCGAAACUCUGGAUAGUGGUGCUGAAGACUUCAAACUGACGCCGGCGGACCCAGAAAAGGACAAGAAAGAGUACGACAGUAAGAAGAAGAAGGAGGUCGAAAAGUACAAGGCCGAGUCUUCCAAGCACCUCUCCUGCUGA